AUGGAACUCAGAGGAUUUGAAGAAGACAUGAGAGAGGAGGAGGGACAGGCUGAAGACAGCAUAGUAGAAGAGAGGGAUCAGUGGGGCUCUAAAACAGAGUAUAUUUUAGCUACUGCUGGAACUAUAGUUGGCCUGGGGAAUUUCUGGAGGUUCCCAUAUCUCUGUUAUAAGUAUGGGGGUGGUGCUUUUUUAGUGCCCUACGUGAUAUCUAUUGCCGUUUUGGGGGUACCUAUGUUCCUGUUGGAAGCAUGGAUUGGUCAGUACACCCAGGAAGGCCUAGUCACCUGUUGGAGAAAACUCUUCCCACUGGCACAAGGGAUUGGCUAUGCUGAACUACUAAUCAACAUAUAUAGUUGUGCUUAUAUGAUAGUCCUGACCUGGUCUCUGUUCUACCUGGUGUUCUCCUUCAGAUCCCAGCUACCCUGGGCCAGCUGUGGAAACACCUGGAACACAGAUAAGUGUGUGGACCUCACUGCAGCCAAUCAGACGAUCAACUGGACGUCCACAGUAAACACCACAUCAGCUGCUACUGAGUUCUGGGAGCGCCGGGUGUUGGCAAUGUCAGGGUCCAUAGAGGAGGUGGGCAGUGUGAGAUGGGAGCUGGUGCUUUGUCUCAUCAUCUGCUGGGCUGCCAGCUACUUCAGCAUUUGGAAAGGAGUCAAGUCCACUGGCAAGGUUGUGUAUUUCACAGCCACGUUCCCCUACGUGAUGCUCUUACUGUUAUUGGUGAGAGGCUUGACUUUACCUGGAGCUUGGGAGGGAGUUUACUAUUACCUCUAUCCUGAUCUGGAUGGUCUUGCAGACCCUCAGGUGUGGAUGGAGGCUGAAGUCCUUUUUUCAUACAGUAUUGGAGUAGGCAACCAACUUAUUCUUGGAAGUUUUAACAAAUUCAAGAACAAUUGUUACAAAGACUGUCUGUGGCUGAGUUUGCUGAACAGUGGGACCAGUUUUGUCGCUGGAUUUGCAGUAUUUUCUGUCCUAGGAUUCAUGGCCAAGAAACAGGGUGUUCCAAUAGAAACGGUGGCAGAGUCAGGUCCUGGUCUGACAUUCAUCGUGUAUCCUCAAGCCGCAGCCAUGAUGCCCCUUCCUCAACUCUGGUCAAGCUGUUUAUUCAUCAUGCUUCCCCUACUGGGUGUGGACUCACAGUUUGUAGGUUAUGAGGCAUUCGUAACCUCUGCCAUUGACUUGCUCCCUACAAUACUGCGUAGAAGAGGACGUUGGGAACUCUUUGUCCUCCUCUUUAGUGUCUCGUGUUUCCUUGUAAAUCUGACUCUCGUCACACAGGGAGGGGUCUAUGUUUUCCAACUCAUAGACUACUACGCCUACAGUGGUAUCUGUAUUUUUUUCAUGGCUCUGUUUGAGUCUCUAGUCAUGGGCUGGAUAUUUGGUGCUGGUCGUGUAUGUGACAUCACGGACAUGACUGGACAGCGGCCUUGUGUUCUCUUCCAGCUGUGCUGGCGUUAUCUAACCCCAGUUAUGUGUCUGGGUUCCUUAAUUUUCUACCUAGUGGACUACAAACCUCUAAAGUUUAACCACUGGUACGUGUACCCAGAUUGGGCAUACGCCCUUGGAUGGACCAUGGCUCUCUCCUCCAUCCUACUGGUACCAGUGUGGGGGAUUGGAAAGAUCUGUGUUGGCACAGGCAGCCUCAAGCAGUUGUUUAAUACUUAUAAAAUUAUCCUGGCCUGGUCUUUGUUCUACCUGGUGUUCUCCUUCAGAUCCCAGCUACCCUGGGCCAGCUGUGGAAACACCUGGAACACAGAUAAGUGUGUGGACCUCACUGCAGCCAAUCAGACGAUCAACUGGACGUCCACAGUAAACACCACAUCAGCUGCUACUGAGUUCUGGGAGCGCCGGGUGUUGGCAAUGUCAGGGUCCAUAGAGGAGGUGGGCAGUGUGAGAUGGGAGCUGGUGCUUUGUCUCAUCAUCUGCUGGGCUGCCUGCUACUUCAGCAUUUGGAAAGGAGUCAAGUCCACUGGCAAGGUGGUGUAUUUUACUGCAACGUUCCCAUAUGUGAUGCUCUUGCUGUUGUUGGUGAGAGGCUUGACUUUACCUGGAGCUUGGGAUGGAGUUUACUAUUACCUCUAUCCUGAUCUGGAUGGUCUGGCAGACCCUCAGGUGUGGGUGGAGGCUGGAAGUCAAAUCCUCUUCUCAUACAGUUUUGGAACAGGCAACCUACUUACUCUGGGAAGUUUUAACAAAAAUAAGAACAACUGUUACAAAGACUGUCUGUGGCUGAGUUUGCUGAACAGUGGGACCAGUUUUGUCGCUGGAUUUGCAGUAUUUUCUGUCCUAGGAUUCAGCCAAAAACAGGGUGGUCCAAUAGAAACGGUGGCAGAAUCAGGUCCUGGUCUGGCAUUCAUCGUGUAUCCUCAAGCCGCAGCCAUGAUGCCCCUUCCUCAACUCUGGACAGUCUGUUUCUUCAUCAUGCUUCUCCUACUGGGUGUGGACUCACAGUUCGUAAGUUUUCAGACAUUCGUAACCUCUGCCAUUGACUUGCUCCCUACAAUACUGCGUAGAAGAGGACGUCGGGAACUCUUUGUCCUCCUCUUUAGUGUCUCGUGUUUCCUUAUAAAUCUGACUCUCGUCACACAGGGGGGAAUCUAUGUUUUCCAGCUCAUAGAAUACUACGCCUGCAGUGGUAUCUGUAUUUUCUUCAUGGCUCUGUUUGAGUCUCUAGUCAUGGGCUGGAUAUUUGGUGCUGGUCGUGUAUGCGACAUCACUGAGGACAUGACUGGACAGCGGCCUUGUGUUCUCUUCCAGCUGUGCUGGCGUUAUCUAACCCCAGUUAUGUGUCUGGGUUCCUUAAUUUUCUACCUAGUGGACUACAAACCUCUAAGGUUUAACCACCGGUACGUGUACCCAGAUUGGUCAUACGCCCUUGGAUGGACCAUGGCUCUCUCCUCCAUCCUACUGGUACCAGUGUGGGGGAUUGGAAAGAUCUGUGUUGGCACAGGCAGCCUCAAGCAGCGUAUAGCUGUCCUCUGUCAUCCAGAAGAUGGACUUCCUCCUAACAAGGAAAAUAACACAAGACAUCAAGCUCUCAUAAUAAUGGACACCUUUAGUAUAUAA